GCCGAGUGUCAAUUUGGGAGCAAUGGCUAUGUCACUGCGAGCUGCGCGACUCUUGGGUCGCCGAGUGGCUGUUCUGCCAUCGAGCGUUCGUCUUUCCCGCGUCGCGACGAAGUCAUCCCGUCUCAACUUCGCCCCACGCGCCUUCAGCACGACAGCCACCCGUUAUGACACCCCGGAUGUCUUCCAUUCCUUGAGGGAGGGCCCAGCAGCCAACUUCCUCGGUACCUUCCAGGAGGCACCCAAGACUCCCCAGACCCUCACCGAAAAGAUUGUCCAGCGCCAUGCGGUCGGCGUGGCAGAGGGCAAGGUCAUUCGCUCAGGUGACUAUGUGACCCUUCAGCCUGCGAAGUGUAUGACCCACGACAACUCAUGGCCUGUUGCUCUCAAGUUCAUGUCCAUCGGUGCUACCAAGAUCAACGACCCAAAGCAGAUCGUUAUGACCCUCGAUCACGACGUCCAGAACAAGACUGAGAAGAAUCUGAAGAAGUACAGCCAGAUCGAGGAGUUCGCCGGAAAGAACGACGUCGUCUUCUACGGCGCUGGACGCGGUAUCGGUCACCAGAUUAUGGUCGAAGAGGGCUACGCAUGGCCAGGAACAUUGGCUGUGGCCUCGGACAGUCACUCGAACAUGUACGGCGGUAUUGGAUGUCUCGGUACACCGGUGGUCCGAACAGAUGCUGCGAGUAUCUGGGCGACUGGCAAAACCUGGUGGCAGGUCCCUCCGGUUGCAAAGGUCACUUUGAGCGGCGCCAUGCCCAAGGGUGUCACUGGAAAGGACGUUAUCGUUGCUCUCGCCGGUCUGUUCAACAAGGACGAAGUCCUCAACCACGCCAUCGAGUUUGUCGGAACCGACGAGACCCUGCGCACCAUCCCCGUCGACGAUCGACUCACCAUCGCCAACAUGACCACCGAGUGGGGUGCUCUGACUGGUCUUUUCCCCAUCGACUCCGUGCUGCACGGCUGGCUGCGAGCCCGGGCUACACUGGCCGCCAUGGGUGAGGGCGAGGCUAAGGACCACCACCAGAAGCAGUUCGUCCACGAGCGUAUCGACGAGCUCUUCACAGCCACCGGCAUCGUUGGACAACAACUCGGCCACAUCUGGAAGCCGGCUUUGGCCGCCGACAAGGGCGCUGUCUACGCCAAGGAGCUCUUCCUCGACCUGUCCACUCUGUCACCCUACGUCUCUGGACCCAACUCCGUCAAGGUCGCCACACCCCUCAUCGAGCUUCAGAACCAGGACAUCAAGGUCAACAAGGCUUACCUCGUCUCUUGCACCAACUCCCGCGCAUCUGAUCUUGCGGCUGCUGCGAAGGUCUUCAAGGAGGCUGCUGCCGCCAACGGUGACAAGGUCCCCAAGAUCCCUGAGCACGUCAACUUCUACAUCGCCGCCGCAUCGAUCCCGGAGCAGAAGGCCGCAGAGGAGUCUGGUGACUGGCAGACCCUCCUAGAAGCCGGUGCUCAGCCGCUGCCUUCUGGAUGUGGUCCUUGCAUUGGCCUCGGUACAGGUCUUCUCGAGCCCGGCGAGGUCGGUAUCAGCGCCAGCAACCGCAACUUCAAGGGUCGCAUGGGCUCCCCGGACGCAAAGGCAUACCUUGCCAGUCCCGAGGUUGUCGCCGCCAGUGCACUUUCUGGCAAGAUCUCCGGCCCUGGGUGGUACGAAGCCCCAGAGGGCUACGAGGGCGUCCGCCGCGGCGAAGGCGACGGCAUCCCCGAGGAGGAGCGCAUGAUGACCAUCGAGGACAUGAUCGAGAAGGCCAUCAAGGAUGCAGAAGCGGCUGCUAAUUCAUUUGGCGAGAUUGCGAACCCAACCAUCUCCGAGCCCGCAGCAACUUCCUCAGAAGCCGAAACACUCACGGAGAUCCUCCCCGGCUUCCCCGAAAAGAUUUCUGGUGAGAUCGUCUUCUGCGACGCAGACAACAUCAACACCGACGGUAUCUACCCCGGCAAGUACACAUACCAGGACGAUGUAAGCCGCGAGAAAAUGGCGGAAGUGUGCAUGGAGAAUUACGACCCUAGCUUCGGCCAGACCGCAAAGGCCGGCGACAUUCUCGUCUCGGGCUUCAACUUCGGCUGCGGUAGCAGUCGUGAGCAGGCCGCAACUGCUAUCUUGGCGAAGGGCAUCCCGCUUGUCGUUGCUGGUAGCUUUGGCAACAUCUUCAGCAGGAACAGCAUCAACAAUGCGUUGAUGGGUGUUGAGGUGCCUAAGCUGGCCAACAGGCUGCGAGAGGUGUUCUCCAGCAAGGCCGUCGAGUCAAGUCAGCAGGCGAUUAAGGAGCUGAGCCAGAACAGUCAAUCGCUUGACUCGCCGCCACCUGCUGCUACUGCGCAGCCUGCUGAGGCUAAGCAGCUCACUCGCAGGACUGGCUGGACGCUUGAGUGGGAUGUUCGCAGAAGCACUGUGAAUGUCCAGGAGGGUCCCAACGGUGCUAAGUGGAAUGUCAAGGUUGGUGAGCUUCCUCCCAACGUGCAGGAGAUUAUUGCUCUCGGUGGUCUUGAGAACUGGGUCAGGAAGGAGAUUGGCGGCACUGCUUGAACGUUGUAAGAUCUGUGUAUACCCAUUUAGAUACAUUGCAUGGGCCGGCGUUCGUUUCGCGUAGUAUUGUAUUGUACAUGUUGCUCCCCUUCACCAAAAGCUGGUCCGGCGCAUCGUUCUGUGUGCGCUUGGUCAUGGUUGUAGCACAUAGAAAGGAGCUCUAAUGUAUGG